GGCUCAUCAUAACCUAUUUCCAAACCAUUACAACACAAACAUUGUCAGUCAGUCGUAAAUAUUUAUUAAAUAGAACUAAGUAUGUCAAAAAAUUAAGAGUGUAUUUUAAUCCUCGUGUAUUCUAUAUUUUAGAAACUACGAUGAACUCUAAUCUUCCCAGGCAAAUAAGUUUGCUCUUGAGUAAGGCGUCUCGACCAAUUUUGAGGUUACCCACUAACAAAACACUAUGCUAUCGUCUAGAGUCCAACUAUCAAAGCUCAAUAAGCUUAAAACAACUGUAUCCGGCAAGUUCACUGCGCUUAUCAUCUCCGAAUAAGGUACCAGAAAAACCAGGGGAGAAGUUCAAUGGCUUUAUACCAAUCGAAGCUCUCAAGAUAACGUACAGUCGCAGCUCAGGCCCAGGAGGACAACAUGUUAACACUGUCAACACCAAGGUCGACCUCAGGUUUCAUCUUGAAACAGCUGAUUGGCUACACCCAGACCUACGCAGCAGGAUGGCGGAAAAGUACAAGACAAAAAUUUCUAAGGAAGGAUUCCUAAUUAUUCGCUCAGAUAAGACAAGGUCGCAACAGUUGAAUCUGGCUGACUGCAUGGAAAUAUUGAGAGCUUUGAUACGUGAAGUGGAGUAUGUCAGGGCUGAACCGUCCCCUGAGACACAGGAACAGAUAAGGAGAAGGAAAGAGAAAGCCAAUCAAGUUCGCCUGAUUGAAAAGAGAAGUAAAUCCGUUAUCAAGGCCAAUAGAAGAGAACCUCCUCUAUAAAACUUCUUCUCACGAGGAGAGCAAAGUUGUAAUAUACUUAAGAUAAUAGAUACUACAUUAUUUAACUUGUGCUGAGUAUUUACUAGAUUGUCUCGUUAGGAGUCUUUUGAGAUUCAAUAAACAAUGUUUCCUAA